AUGCAGCACACAGAUCAUCGACUGCGACAUAAAGCCUCAAAACAUUCUCCUCGACAACAACUACGAUGCUCGGAUUUCCGACUUUGGGUUGUCGAAGCUCUCGAUGAUGGAUCAAACAUAGACGAAAACAAACACAUCAGAGGGAUGAAAGGGUAUGUUGCACCUCAAUGGUUCAGGAACAUGCCGGUAACAGUCAAGGUCGACGUCUAUAGCUUCGGUGUCUCACUACUAGAGAUCAUUUGUUGUCGGAGAAGUGUUGGCGACAAGGAGAAUGCAGCAGAUACUGAUGGAGAUAGCAGAAUGUUGACUUAUUGGGCUUAUGACUUCUUCAAUAUUGAAGGAGCAAUAGAGGCAUUGAUUGGGGACGACAUGGAGGCCAUUAAUGAUAGAAUGAGCUUGGAGAGGUUCUUGAUGACUGCCUUAUGGUGCAUUCAAGAGGACCCUUACCUGAGACCUACCACGAGGAAGGUUACGCAUAUGCUUGGAGGAGUUGUCCAAGUAACUAUUCCUCCUGAUCCAUCUCCAUUUACCACUACUGCUUAA